GCACCUGUCACCUACUACUCAUUUUCACCAUAUUAACUUCACUUCAUUCACAUUCUCCAUCAAUGGACUUCCAGUUUCCACUCAUCAAUGCUACGUCGCCGUUCCAGCUAGCGAGCCUGUGAACGAUCGAAAUCAUUCGGGUAACAUUGAGGAUAUAUCAUAUCAUAUAUGGUGUUAUUAAACAUGAGGUUGAGUUGCUGUACAUGGAACAGGGAAAUGAGUAACCGAAUGGAGUUUGAUCAACCCCCCGAUAGAAUCAUGACAUACGACGGGCUCGAAAGCUGCAUUCUAAAUGCUAAUAACUCUUAUGAAGAUGAAAGUGUUGCAAGUAAAGUAGGAGAUAGAUGCCCAACUGACUCACCCUCCAGCUGCUGUUCUAGCAACAAUGCUUCUGGCUCAUUUUUUUCUCAAUGGAGUAUGGUGAAGAGAGAUGAACAUGAAUGGGACUACUCAGAGGACGCGAUGAAAUUCUCGGAUGUUGAUGUAAUGAAGGAAAAAUUCGCAAAGCUUUUGCUGGGUGAAGAUACUACAGGAGGACGUAACGGAGUUUCCCCUGCUUUGGCUUUGUCGAAUGCCAUAACAAAUCUUGCCGGAACAGUUUUUGGAGAGCUAUGGAAACUUGAGCCUCUGCCUGAUGAGAAAAAGAACAAGUGGAGAAGAGAGAUGGAUUGGUUACUUUCUCCAACUAACUACAUGGUUCAGUUAGUUCCAGCUAAGCAAUGCGGGCCCGAUGGCCAAACAAUAGAAAUAAUGACACCACAGGCUCGCGGAGAUGUUCAUCUGAAUCUUCCAGCAUUACAAAAGUUAGACUCCAUGCUUCUUGAAACACUGGAUUCAAUGACGGAGACGGAGUUUUCGUAUGAUGAAGGUGGCAGCCGAGCGGAAGGAAGAAGCAAAAGAUGGUGGCUUCCGGCCCCACAAGUGCCGGUUGGUGGUCUUUCGGACGGUCAACGGAAGAAACUGCUUACUCAAGCCAAAUUGGUUCUUCAGAUUUUUAAAGCCGCGAAAUCGGUUAAUGAGGCUAUCUUGCUUGAAAUGCCGAUACCAAAAGCCAUCAGUGAUGUGCUUCCUAAGUCUGGAAAGGAAAGCCUUGGUGAGGAUCUUUAUAGGAUACUGAACAGAGGCUCCUCAUCGGCAUGCGACAUGUGCAACGCGCUUAGUUUAAAAUCCGAAAACAGUGCCUUAGAUGCGAUAAACAGAUUAGAAGCAGCAAUAUAUGCAUGGAAAGACAAGAUUGAGGAACAUGACAGUGGUAAGUCACCAGCAAGAACAUCAUGGUCAUGCAAGGAUCAUGUUGCCGAACUCGACAAGAUCGAGUUGUUAAUAAGCAGAGCCGAAAGCCUUGCACAGGAAAUUAAAAUCCGAUAUCCAGACCUCCCUCAAAAGUUUCUAGAUGUCAUGAAAAUCCAAAAUGGCAAGGAUGUCGCUCAUGCGAUCAUAGAAGCUUAUUCUCGUGUUCUUGGAAACUUGGCAUUCAGCAUACUGACAAGGAUCGGGGACAUCUCUCAAGAGGACGUUUUAAGCGAUCCUGAUUCGCCAAUGGCAACAAAUAGCACCCCGGGGCCGGGAUCUUGGAUAUAUCUAGAUUAAAUAUAAAGGCAAGACACACUAGUUGAUAAAAUGGAUGGCAUAGAGAGGAAGUUGAGUUUAUUGAAAACAGAAGAAGCUUCUUAUACAGCAUUUAUAAGUGAACCAAACAGAAGACCGGUGACAGCAACACCAAGUAGAAGCUUUGGAUGUGGUCUUGGCAAAGAGGCUUAUUUUUCGUCCCGAACGAACGGACACCCCUAGAUCUUAAUAUCAUCAAAGUAAAAGCACUUGUAAAUGAUGUUGUUAUAUGCUUUUAUUUGGGCCAGGCAAAGCAGACGGGUCGGAUA